CUGGGCUUCUCUCUCGCCAAUGCAAAAGGGAAUAUGCAGCACAUUUUUGCCUUCUUCUGCACCAGUUUCCUAGGGGCAGCGUUGGGGGUCAAUUUCCCCAGCAACAUCCAGAUCGGGGGAUUAUUUCCUACUCAGCAAUCCCAGGAACAUGCAGCCUUUAUGUUUGCAUUAUCUCAGUUCACAGAGCCCCCCAAGCUGGCUCCACAGAUUGAUAUUGUGAAUAUUAGUGACAGUUUUGAAAUGACCUACACCUUCUGUUCCCAGUUCUCCAAGGGGGUCUAUGCUAUCUUUGGCUUUUAUGAGAGGAGGACUGUCAACAUGCUCACGUCCUUCUGUGGGGCACUACAUGUCUGCUUUGUAACACCCAGCUUCCCUGUUGACACAUCCAAUCAAUUUGUUAUUCAGCUGCGCCCUGAACUUCAGGAUGCCCUCAUCAGUGUCAUUGAAUUUUACAAGUGCCAGAAGUUUAUGUACAUUUAUGAUGCUGACCGGGGUUUGUCAGUGCUGCAAAAGGUAUUGGAUACAGCUGCAGAGAAAAACUGGCAGGUAACAGCAGUCAACGUUAUGACAACAACAGAAGAGGACUACAAGUCACUCUUCCAAAAUUUGGAGAAGAAGAAGGAACGGGUCGUGGUUGUUGAUUGUGAAUCAGAACGACUAAAUGCUAUCUUAGGCAAGAUAAUCAAGCUUGAAAAAAAUGGGAUAGGAUACCACUAUAUUCUUGCAACUUUGGGAUUUAUGGAUAUUGACCUGGGGAAAUUCAAGGAAAGUGGAGCAAAUGUGACUGGAUUCCAAUUGGUGAAUUAUACAGACACCAUACCAGCCAGGAUCAUGCAACAGUGGAAGAACAAUGAUGCCAGGGAACAACCUCGGGUGGACUGGAAGAGGCCAAAGUACACAUCUGCUCUUACGUAUGAUGGGGUUCGGGUAAUGGCAGAAGCUUUUCAGAGUCUCAGAAAACAACGGAUCGAUAUUUCCCGUCGUGGGAAUGCCGGGGAUUGCUUGGCAAAUCCAGCUGUUCCUUGGGGACAAGGGAUCGAUAUCCAGAGAGCUCUACAACAGGUGCGCUUUGAAGGACUGACAGGAACUGUCCAGUUUAAUGAAAAAGGACAUCGAACUAAUUACACCCUUCAUGUUAUUGAAAUGAAACAUGAUGGGAUCAGAAAGAUUGGUUAUUGGAAUGAAGAUGAAAAAUUUGUUCCAACCAUCACAGAUCAGCAAGCAAAUGAAACAACAACUCUGCAGAACAGGACCUAUAUUGUCACAACUAUUCUUGAAGCUCCAUAUGUGAUGCAAAAGAAGAGCAGUGAGCCAUUAGAAGGAAAUUUGAGAUAUGAGGGAUAUUGUGUAGAAUUAGCUGCUGAAAUUGCAAAACAUGUUGGCUACAACUACAGCUUGCAGAUUGUUGCUGAUGGAAAAUACGGCGCUCGAGAUUCUGAUAGUAAAAUGUGGAAUGGCAUGGUUGGAGAGCUAGUCUAUGGAAGAGCUGAUGUGGCUGUUGCACCAUUAACUAUAACUCUAGUGCGAGAAGAAGUUAUAGACUUUUCCAAACCUUUUAUGAGCCUGGGCAUAUCUAUCAUGAUUAAAAAGCCUCAAAAAUCCAAACCCGGGGUAUUUUCCUUCCUGGAUCCUUUAGCUUAUGAGAUCUGGAUGUGCAUAGUUUUUGCCUAUAUUGGUGUCAGCGUUGUCCUCUUUCUGGUUAGCCGCUUCAGCCCAUAUGAGUGGCAUAAUGAAGAGGUUGAGGAAGGCCGUGAUCAACCAGCUAAUGACCAGACCAAUGAAUUUGGGAUAUUUAAUAGCCUGUGGUUCUCCUUAGGAGCUUUUAUGCAACAAGGAUGUGAUAUAUCUCCAAGAUCCCUGUCUGGACGCAUAGUUGGUGGAGUUUGGUGGUUUUUUACUUUGAUCAUCAUUUCAUCUUAUACAGCCAAUUUAGCUGCAUUUUUAACAGUAGAGAGGAUGGUGUCUCCCAUAGAAAGCGCAGAAGACUUGGCCAAGCAAACAGAGAUUGCUUAUGGGACUUUGGAUGCUGGUUCUACUAAAGAAUUCUUUCGGAGAUCUAAAAUAGCGGUUUUUGAGAAGAUGUGGACGUACAUGAAGUCAGCUGAGCCCUCUGUUUUCGUGCCGACAACAGAAGAGGGGAUGAAGCGUGUGAGGAGAUCCAAAGGGAAGUAUGCCUACCUGCUAGAGUCCACCAUGAAUGAGUACAUUGAACAGAGAAAACCAUGUGACACCAUGAAGGUGGGAGGUAACUUGGAUUCCAAAGGCUAUGGCAUUGCAACGCCAAAAGGUUCACCACUGAGAGGUCCUGUAAACCUAGCGGUUUUGAAACUCAGUGAGCAAGGCGUCUUAGACAAGCUGAAAAGCAAAUGGUGGUACGAUAAAGGGGAGUGUGGAAGCAAAGACUCCGGAAGUAAGGACAAAACAAGCGCUCUGAGUCUCAGCAACGUGGCCGGGGUUUUCUACAUCCUCAUCGGUGGUCUUGGACUAGCCAUGCUGGUUGCCUUAAUCGAGUUUUGUUACAAGUCCAGAAGUGAAUCAAAACGGAUGAAGGGUUUUUGUUUGAUCCCACAGCAAUCAAUCAAUGAAGCCAUACGGACAUCAACCCUCCCCAGAGCAUCUGCAGCAGGAACCAGCAGUGGAGAAAAUGGACGGGUGGUGAGCCACGAUUUUCCCCAAACCAUGCAGGAGAUUCCAUGCAUGGGUCACAACUCUGGGAUGGCCCUGGGAGCAACGGGAUUAUAA